AUGGUCGUGGAGAAACCGCUUCAACUCAGAGACAAGAAUACCAAAACUACAGCAGCAGGCUACAGAAAGCUUUCAGCCUCCCACCCAAACCUGACAUCCACCUUUGCGAUGAGUGACAUUGUAAACCUCAGGGUAUUCGAGGAAACUGAGACCGACGUAGUUUGCAAGUUUCAAUUCGGGAACUUUGCUGUAGUGCGGGGGCUUGCGUGGUGCAAUGAAGAAUUGAGCGAUGGUGGCGGGGUGAUUUAUUCAUCCCGAAAUAAGCUUUUGGUAGAGACUAGAUCAUUAGAAGAAAGUGAGAAAUUGAAAUCUCUGAGUUUACUGGGAGGAGUUCAGAGCGAAUGUAAACCACAUGAUACCUUCAAUCAUACCAAAGGAAUUAUAUAUGCUCCUCAUCUUAUGAUUCAUCCUGAAGAGGAACUGGAAGACGAACUUAAAGAUCAGGGGGUAUUGAAGGUGGAAAGACUGAAAAAGAAAGUAAAUGGGGCAUUGUGUCCUAUGCCACAGUUAUUAUUAACUUUCAAUUCUUCUAAAUUACCAAAUUUUGUCAAAGCAGCUUGGUACAGAUAUAAAGUGAAACAGUACGUGCGAGACCCAGGAGGUGUUUUUACUGUCAGGAAUAUAGGCAUAUAA